GUUAAUAACAUACUCGAUGAUUCGGUUCGAGUGGACAUAUGACAAGUUCCUAUGGUACCUGCUGUUCCAGUUUCUCACUCUCCUCUAUUUCACAUGUUUCGGCAUGAUGACGAGCUCCAUCACCCCGGCUGAAGGGCUCGGAAUGCUGCUUUCGGCCUUCAUCUACUCCUUCUGGAACCUUCUCUGCGGCUUCCUCCUGCCGGCGCCGAAAAUCCCCGUGUACUGGAAGUGGUUUUAUUGGAUCAACCCUGUGGCAUGGUCUCUCUACGGCCUUGCUGCUUCCCAGUUGGGAGAUGUAACGACGCUGGUGGUGAGCACACCGGGCAUGCCACCACAGACAGUAUCGCAGUUCAUUCAGUUGUUUUAUGGCUUCUCCCACGAUUGGCUCGGCUACGCCACUGCUGCUCUCUUCGGCUCCUCCCUCCUCUUCUUCUGCGUCUUCGCCUACGCUCUCCGCAACCUCAACUUUCAGUGGCGAUGAGACAGCAAUGCCGUUUCAUCUGAUUCU